GUGGUGUUUGGAGUGGGGAACCGCGACGUUUUCGUGAUGCGCUAUCGGAACUUGCCGCUGCCAAACACGACGUGGGGGCGCGGGGAAGCCAUCUAGAAUUGCCAGGAGCCUGCGAUAGCCGCAAACCUCAAUUUUCUUCACAGUACUGGUGUCACGGUUACUGGAAACACUCGUUAUAACGAUCACGACGCGAUGAACGGCACGAAGGGUGCCAAUGGCACAUCAACAGGCCCCAAGCUUCUCUGGAAGCACUCCUCCCCCGAGACGACAUCUAUGUACCAGUUCCUUCAGUCAGUGAACAAGACAUACAACCUGCAGCUAUCCGACUAUUCGCAGCUACACAAAUGGAGUAUCGACAACAUAGACAAAUUCUGGCAAAGAACGUGGGAAUUUGUGGGUGUCCGACACCGGGGAGCCUUCACAUCAGCCGUGGAUGAAAAAUUGCCCAUGUUUCCCCGGCCGGCUUUCUUCUCGGGAGCAACACUGAAUUUCGCUGAGAAUCUUCUCUUCCCGACCUCCGAGGUCAACCCCGAAUCACCCGCCGUCAUCGCCGCUACAGAGACUACACGCGAAACAGUGACAUGGAAGGAACUCAGAGAGAGGGUGAAGCUAUGUCAGGCCGGCAUGAUACAUUUGGGUCUCAAAGAAGGCGACCGAGUAGCUGGCUAUGUUGCGAACCAUACCAAUGCGUUGGUAGCAAUGUUGGCCGCGUCGUCGCUGGGAGCAGUAUGGACCGCAGUAAGCCCAGACACAGGCGUCCAUGCCGUUCUCGAUCGACUACGCCAGAUUGAGCCGAGCCUGCUCUUUGCAGACAACGCCGCUUUCUAUAAUGGUCGGGGUCAUCCAGUACUUCCUAAGGUCAUCGAGAUCGUCAGGGAUCUCCCAUCACUUGAAGCCGUCAUCAUCUUUCCUACUGUAGCUUCAGUAAAGUUCGACGUCACCUCGAUCCCAGUACAAUCUGGCAGAGCCUACGAUUAUGCGACGUUUACAUCGCUCAAGGCCACGUCAGACCUGACCUUCAAGCAACUGCCGCCAGAUCAUCCAGUCUAUAUUCUUUACUCGAGUGGUACGACAGGUGCACCCAAGUGUAUCGUUCAUGGAGCCAUCGGGACGCUACUCCAACACAAAAAGGAACAUAUCAUUCACUGCUCAAUAAAGCCUAGCUCACGACUCUUCUACUUUACCACGUGUACUUGGAUGAUGUGGCAUUGGCUGGUCAGUGGGCUCGCAUCGGGCGCCACACUAGUACUUUAUGAUGGUUCUCCAUUCCGAUAUGUAGAUAGUUCCGACGCAUCGACAUCCGUUCCCGACGACCUAGCGAUGCAUCGUCUGAUAGACGAGUUUGACAUCACCCACUUCGGCACGUCCGCAAAGUACCUUUCCAUUCUGGAGCAGAAGUCCAUCGAUCCGUCUGCUGCAGGGCUUGCAAUGAGAAGGCUUGAAGCAAUCUACUCAACGGGGUCACCGCUCGCGCCUUCCACGUUUUCUUACGUCUAUUCCGCCUUCCCAUCAACCAUCAAUCUUGGCAGCAUCACCGGUGGUACAGACAUCAUCUCGCUCUUCGGUGCACCCAACCCACUCCUGCCCGUUUAUGAAGGUGAAAUCCAAGGCGCUGGUCUUGGCAUGGCAAUCGCUGCGUAUGACUAUACAGGUGCCGAUGUCUCGAUGUCAGGCGAACCAGGCGACCUAGUCUGUACCAAGCCCUUCAUAUGUCAGCCAGUAGCAUUUUGGGGCCCUGAAGGCGAGUCAAAGUACCGGAAGUCGUACUUUGACAAGUUCACGAACGAGAAAAGUCAGCCAAUCUGGCAUCACGGCGAUUUUGUGCGAUUCAAUCCCGAAACCGGUGGACUGUGGAUGCUCGGACGCAGCGACGGCAUACUCAAACCAGCGGGCGUACGCUUCGGAUCAGCCGAGAUCUACAACGUGGUGCUUGAGCAUUUCCCCGAAGACGUCGCGGACGCGCUUUGCAUCGGCCGCAGGAGAGAGACUGAUACGGAUGAGACUGUUGUACUCUUUCUGAAGAUGGCAGAAGGUCGUCAGAUCUCUGCUGAUCUCGUCGGGAGAAUCAAGACAACAAUCAGGCGAGCGCUCAGUGCUCGUCAUGUUCCAGCUGUAAUGGAUGAGUGUCCAGAGAUACCCAUCACUACCAAUGGCAAGAAGGUUGAAGGAGCUGUCAAGCAGAUACUUUGCGGACUCAACGUCAAGACGAGCGCGAGUGUUGCUAACGCCGAAUGCCUAGACUUCUACCGAGAUUGGGCGAGGACGCACUGAGACUCCAGUUCGGGACUUGACGCAAGAUUCUGAACAUACGACCUACUCCACCCACGAGUCAGACACCUAGCUUGAGCCAUACCUUGGGGUCUCGGACUAGCAAGCCCCACUUUAACUGCAACCAGAUCAUCUCGUCACACGUCGGGAGCUGGGACAUGAGCUUAAUUCCACGACGUUGCAAGGAGCGAGUAGGCCUAUAGUGUUACUGGGUUCUAUCAGCCACAGUGGACAUUUCGUACAAUCCUAGCCACUGACAAGCUCAUCCUCUCGCCUGCUUUUGCCGAUCAUCCCCUGCCAACCAAUAUU